AUGGUCGACCUUUCCAGACGCAGCCUGGAGCUGCUCGUAUUGGUUAUCCUACUUUUCUCAGCUGCUGUGGACGCGCAUUCAUGGGUCGAACAGCUCAUGGUGAUCGCGCCGAACGGGACAUUCGUUGGCGACCCCGGAUACCCCAGAGGCUACGUGCCUCGCACACAAGCUGGGUUCAGCGACACCGAUAUGACCAACCUAAUCCCACCGAACGGCCGGCCCAACGCAACUAAGAUUUUACGGUCCGAUAACCUCUGCAAAGCCUCUCAGCGAAAGCAAGUUCAGAACAAGGGGAGCCCCCGGCUGCGGGCAUCGGCCGGUGCUGCCAUCGCGCUUCGUUUCCAGGAAAACGGACAUGUAACUCUACCCCAGAACCAGCCGGGCAAACCCCACAACCGCGGAACCAUCUACGUCUAUGGGACGACUCAACCGAAGGAGGACGAGAAGCUCCUGGACGUGCACAAGGUGUGGAACAAGGACGGAACGGGCGGGGACCGACGUGGGGUGCUCCUGACUGUGCAGAACUUUGAUGAUGGCCGGUGCUACCAGAUCAACAGUGGGAAAAUCUCGCAAAAGCGCCAGGCCGAGUUCCCCCAUGAGGCAGACCAGCUGAUGGGGGCAGACUUGUGGUGCCAAACCGACGUCGCAGUGCCGGAAGACGCACCGUCUGGGAAGCCCUACACGCUGUACUGGGUGUGGGACUGGCCGACCGCUCCUCGUGCCGACCCGGCAUUGCCCCAAGGGAAAGCGGAAAUCUACACCACCUGUAUGGAUGUGGAUGUGGAUGACGAGGUGGCGAACCAUGUGCAAACUUAUAUGCGUGUUCCGGUCGGGUACGCGCAAGGCCAGGAUCUGAACCGAGCGUCCAUCCCGUCUCAGUUUGCCGAAAUCAUGGGGUAUCAUGCUGCUCCAAACAUUGGGAGUAGCUCUUCCGUCGCGGUUCCAUCUCCAUCUCCUUCUCCUUCUCCAUCGCGGACUCCCCAGGGGUUGCCUACCGUCACGGUCACGACCUUUUUGACGAUGACGAAGACAGUUGAGCUGAGCGGCUGUCCCUCCAACAUGCAUUCGUAA